CGCCCCGCUCCCGGCCCUUUGACCCCGUUGUUAUGCCGGGCCCGAGCCGCCGCCGCCGCCGCCGCCUCCCGUAACGCCCGGAGCCGCCCCCGCCUCGCGCCCCGCCCGCCGCGCCCGCCGCGCCCAGCCCGCCCCGGUCGCCGCCGCCCGCCUGCCGCCCGCGCGCCCAACGGUCCGCGCCCGCCGCGCCCGCCCGCGCGGGAGGAGGAGGAGGAGGAGGAUGAAGGAGAUGAAGCAGAGGAGGAAGAAGGAGCGCACGUGGGCCGAGGCCGCCCGCCUGGUGCUGGAAAAUUACUCAGAUGCUCCUAUGACCCCAAAACAGAUUCUGCAGGUCAUAGAGGCUGAAGGUCUAAAGGAAAUGAGUGGAACAUCUCCCCUGGCCUGCCUCAACGCCAUGCUCCACUCCAAUUCCCGGGGAGGGGAUGGGCUCUUUUACAAACUGCCUGGACGCAUCAGCCUUUUCACACUCAAGAAAGAUGCCUUGCAAUGGUCCCGGAACCUGUCAGUGCCAGAAGGGGAGGAGCUGGAGGACACAGCAGAUGCAGAAAGCUGUGGGUCCAACGAAGCCAGCACUGUGAGUGGUGACAAUGAUGUGUCUCUUGAUGAAACUUCUUCUAACGCCUCGUGUUCCACUGAAUCUCAGAGCAGGGGACCUGCUACCAGGGAGAGCUACAGAACUGCUUCCCAGACAACCAAACAGAAGAAAAAGACAGGUGUGAUGCUGCCACGGGUGGUGUUAACCCCCCUGAAAGUAAAUGGGGCACACAUGGAAUCUGCCUCGGGUUUCACAGGAAGGCAUGCUGAUGGGGAGAGCAGCAGCACAUCCAGCAGCAGCAGCAGCUCCUUGGCCCUGUGCAAAACCAGCCUGCGCAGUAGGACAGAGAUAAACAGGGAUCCUCCACAGCUGCUGAGGGGCAUCCGAAAGCCCACGGCUGGGCAAGUGAAACGGAACAGGGGUGAGGAUAUUGAUUUUGAAACCCCAGGCUCCAUCCUUGUCAACACAAACCUGCGAGCGCUGAUCAACUCCAGGACCUUUAACGCGCUUCCAUCACACUUCCAGCAGCAGCUGCUUUACCUCCUGCCUGAAGUCGACAGACAGGUGGGGGCUGACGGGCUGAUGCGCCUCAGUGGCAGCGCUCUGAACAACGAGUUCUUCACCCACGCUGCACAGAGCUGGAGAGAGCGCCUCGCUGACGGUGAAUUCACCCACGAGAUGCAAGUUCGAAUCCGGCAGGAGAUGGAAAAGGAAAAGAGAGUGGAGCAAUGGAAAGAGAAGUUCUUCGAGGACUACUAUGGGCAAAAGUUGGGCUUGACCCAGGAAGAAUCCCAGGAGCAGAAUUCGGUGCAGGAGGACGCUGAGAACAGGACAGAGCUGUCUGUUAAAGGAGAAGCGAGGCUGCCGCGUGGGCCCACCACGCGCCAGAGGGAUGGGCGCUUCCGGAAACGCUCCCGGGCCGACCUGCGCUGCCGGGCCAGGAGAAGCCUGUACAGACUGCGGGAACCUGAGCACACGGAGGCUCCCAAAGAGCCUGCUCCCGUGGGGCCAGAUCCCUCCCUUCAUAAAGAGCCAAAGCCUGAGACAGACCUGAAGAAAGAUGAUCUGAGCAGCCCCUCGACUGCAGGAUUAAAGGCAGAGAGUACCGAACUGAAGGUCUCUCCAGAGACUGCCAAAUCAAACAGCAAAUCAGAAGAUCCAUCAUUGGCAGCUGCCAGCAGAAUUCCCAGUUUGCCCCAGGAGAACUCUGCUCAGGAGUCCAAGGAGCAGAAGAGGAAAAGCUUUGAGGAGGCUGCCUCUGCGUCCUUCCCCGAAAAGAAGCCCCGGCUUGAAGAUCGUCAGUCCUUUCGUAACACAAUUGAAAGUGUUCACCCAGAAAAGCCACAGCCUACUAAAGAGGAGCCCAAAGUCCCACCCAUCCGGAUUCAACUUUCACGUAUUAAACCACCCUGGGUGGUUAAAGGUCAGCCCACUUACCAGAUCUGCCCCCGGAUCAUCCCCAGCACGGAGCCCUCCGGCCGGGGCCGCCCCGGGGCCCGCACCCUCGCAGACAUUAAGGCCCGUGCUCUGCAAGCCCGAGCCCAGCGUGAAGCCGCCACUGCCGCCAUCGGAGGAGGGGGCGGCCCCGGCGGGGGGAGAAGCACCGAUGAAGGAGGAGGUGGAGGAGACUCCAGCAGCCGUUCCCAGCACAGGAGAUCCAAGAGAGCUCAUGGAAAACGUGCGGCAGAUCUACAGCGAGCACAACUACAGCUGUCUGUUCAUCUGAGCACAGGGAAGGCUGACUCCAAAGGGGCUGCUCAGGAGGCCAGCGUCAAUUCCUGCCUCUCUUCCAGACAAGAUCGCUCUUCCUCAAAAAGCGAAAGGAGCGGCGUUCCGGGCUGUGCCACAGGAUCAGGGGACACUCAGCCUGGGCACGGGUCACCCAGGAGGCCGUUCUGUGGUGCUGUGACUGUGUCAUCCUUGGACAGUGCGACUCCUGAGAGGCAGGAGGAUAGUCCUGAGCAGCUCCUCCGUGACCCAAGGACCAAACUCCCAUCUUGUGCUGCAUCACAGGAGAGCACAAAACUGGAAUGUGUGGUUCCUGUGGUGACCAGUCUUUCGUAUUCUGGGGGGCAGGGAGCUGGGGUCAGUCCCGCAGGAGACAGGGCUGUGGUGGAACUCGGAGAUGUUGGUGCUCCCACCAUACAGCUGGAUUAUCCCUCUGAUGUAAAGCAAAAUUCCUCCAGUUGUCCUUUUCCACCAGAAUUGUCAUCGGGUGUCACAGAACGCCAUGAUCCAGAGAAGGUGUCUGGUUUUAGAUAUAACAACUCCAAAACAUUUCUGGAAAAAUGUGUUGCUGAUAAUACCUCCAAAAUGGUGACUGCUGGAGUGAAGAAGGUGAUCCCUGCAGUGUGUGAUGCCACACAGCUGCAGGCAGGGAAAGGCAGUGAUGGAAAACUGAGUAAUGAGGAACAAAAUGCUGAGGCUCUAGUGCAGCCCUCUGUGCAUGGUGACUUUAUUUCUCAGAAUAGGAUAGAUACCUCUGAAAAACUCCUGCAGCCGAGGGAGAGGUGCUCCAGAACCGAACCAGACAAUGCACAUCAGCCCCUGGGAGAGACGCAGGAGUUGAAGAGAAGUGGAGAUGAAGAAAUACAGAGUACACACAGUGAAACAACAGACACUGCUUCUGAUUGGGAAGGAGACAUGGCUGAUGAGAAUGUGGAGGUGGAGAUGUGCUUCAGAAGUGUCAGCUGUAGGGAGGUGGCUGGGAAAGGCUCUUCCUGUCACAGCAGCAGUGAGAAGCGCAAUGGGAUUAGGUCAAAAUUGUCUGUGGAGACAGAGAGUCCAGCCUGUUCUGGGGACUUGGUUGCACCCCCACCUCAGAGAUGGGGACCCCAGAAAGCCAGCUCUGCUCGGCCCAUGUCCUCCAUUGAGACCAGCAACCCUUUGGUGAUGCAGCUGCUGAAGGGGAAGCUUCCACUGGAAGAAGUUCUCCCAGUAUCUCAUGUCAACAUUAAGCUGGAAAUUGCACAGCCAGUGCUGCAGAAGCAGUCAGAAAGCCUCUCCCUGCAACUGGACAGAGGCAGCGGUCGCUGUUUUGGCAAAGAGUCCUCAGAUGUAGGAAAAAAGAUAAGUGCCCAAAGCAGAAGUGAGGAUGUUCACUCAGUGAGAUCUUCCAUAGAUCCCCAGGAAAAAACCUGUGGAUCAGGGGCAGCAUUGCCUAGAGCAGAGGGUACAGAGGAUCAGGCUGUCCCAGAAAAGCAUUCCAAAAUUGGUUCGACUUCAAGCUGCCAAGACCAACUGGCAAAUGUGGCAAGUGCCUCUCCAAAGUCUGAAGAUGUGGACCUUCGGGAAAGAAGGUUUUCUUCCUGCAGCUUUGAGGAGCAGAAGGAGUUGCUGAAGGUCCGGAUGCCGCAGCAAAACCCAUUAACGAGUGUCACAGCAAGUAAAAGCCCAGAGAAGCUGAAUGCCUCUACAGAGCCUCGGUUUUUAUCUCCAGCUGUAACUUCUCUUGGACCAAACCAGACAGGAGGUGCAUUGGUCAAUAAAAACUACGGUGGGGUUCAAGGCAAAAAGCUCUUUGGUUCUGGUUUUCCUUCCAGCCCCAGCGUGAGGCUGCAUCACUCCAGAGCUUUGGAUCACAGUUCAGCCAUGGGAACCUCGUCCCCUGGCAAACAGAUUCCCUUGGACAAGGGCUGUGCACUGGGAGAAGGAAUCCCAGCUGCCAGGGAGGAAUGGACUUCAAAGCAGCACAGCAGCACCCCGGGAGGGAUCAGAAAUGAGAAGGUGCUGGUGUGUGGCAGCCCAGCCAAGAGCAAUGCGGAGAACCGGGAGGAUGUGGCCCAGCAGCCCACGGAACUGGCCGGGCACACACACAGAGAGCCACUGGUCAUGGACUGGCCCUUCUUUAAGUUUUCAAGGGAUCCGGGAAAAGGACAGAGUCACCCUUUGGAGCCUUCAUCCAUCCCCUCUCAGCUCAAUAUCAAGCAAGCGUUUUAUGGGAAGCUUUCAAAGCUGCAGCUUAAUUCCACCAGCUUUAAUUAUUCAUCCAACACUCCAGCUUUCCCCCGAGGCCUUGCUGGGAGUGUGGUGCAGCUCACCCACAAAGCGAACUUUGCUGCGAGCCGGAACACGGCCCUGGCUGUGCAGAUGUUUGCUGACAGCAGCAGCGUCGAUGAGAUCUCGUUCCAGUGCUCGUGCAGCCUCAAAGCCAUGAUCAUGUGCAAAGGCUGCGGCGCCUUCUGCCACGACGACUGUAUAGGACCCUCUAAGCUCUGUGUAUUGUGCCUUGUGGUGAGAUAAUAAAUUAUGGCCAUGGGACAGGUUGUAUAUUCAGUGUGUGUAUUUUGAUAAUGACUGAUCCUAACGCCUGUACACAAAGUACUCUCUGUUCAUAGUAGAAACGCUGUUACACUUUGUUUUGGUGAGGAACCUUGAGCUGCCUUCCCAUGGAGAUCGACAGUGCAGAGUUCAUUCCUGCUCAUGGGGACACCCUGCUCUGGGUGGGCUGUGCCCCAUGGGAGCCAUCCUGCUGCUUCCUGCUAUCAUGGAAAUUCCAGCUGUGCUCUGGUAUCACGCUGAGGCUGACGCCGGGGGGAGCGGCCAUUUGCUGUGGCAAUCCCUGGAUCUUCUGUGGAGGAAGUCCUUACAUCCAAAGGAACUGGAAGAUGGUGUUUGCUAUUUCAGGGCUGCACAAGGUGAGGCCCUUCAGUCUUCCACUCUCCCCUUCUGCCAUCUCAUUCCUGGUUUGUGUGGGAAGUGCUGCUGUGCAGUGAGUCAUGCAGAGAGCUGCCCUGCAGGGAUGGUCCUGUAUGGUGUUUGGAUGCUGCAGCAGGAUGUGGUGCCCAGGGAUGUACUCUGCAGGUGGUUGUGGAGCCAUGUACAGCCCACCAUGUGCCACAUGGAGCCCACGUGGAGGAUGCAAGGAGAAGAGGAAAAAAAUUCAGGGCAAGUGCCAAGCAAAUGCCUUCUGCUGGCCUGCAGGAAGCUGUGUGGCCAGGAAACUGUUCCUGGCUGAACUGGCCCAGUGGCUGUGCCUGCCUCCUUUGGCUGACUUCCACAAACUGCUGUGGAACACUGGAAGUUCCCAGGAGCUCAGUGAUAGGGGCAGUGAGCUCUGCACUGCAGCUUUGUGGUGAGGACCUGAAACCCUACAUCAGCUGAGCACCUGUGAGCAUCAAGCUGUGCAUCUGUGUGACCAUCACCUAACAUUUAAAGCAGUGUUCUUUCCUCUUUUUUAUUUUCCUUUUUUUUUAUAUUUUCAUUCUUGGAUGUAUAAAGUGAAUUAUUUGACUCCUGUAAGUAUCCUCUCUGCAUCUGUUUGAUCAUAUAUUUAUAUGUUGUACACAGUACUGGCCAACUCUGUAAAUGGAUGUAAUGUACAUAGAGCAUAAAGGGGUCUUUUUUUUUUUCCCUUGGAUUUCCAGGCUCUACAGCAGUAUUGCAUUAAAGUGGUGUUAGUUAUUGUCAGAGCCGCUGUAUUCUGUCUUGCCUGACGUGAGGCUCACCACACUGGGGUCUGGGUUCUGACAGCCUCCCCGUGCCCAUGGUGCCUGGUGGACUGUGCUGUGCAGGCUCAAGGAUGACCAGGUGGGAUUUGCUGAGCCAAGCUCACUCCCCAGUUGCUCAUUUAAGCUCUUGCCAGUUGUUGCUGCACCUGAGCUCCCAGGGCAUGGCUGUACCUGCACUGCAGGGAGGUGAAUGAACAUCCGUGUGCAUCCAGAGAGGGAGAGCAAAACUGCAAUUUUCUUUCUCCUUGGAGCAAUUCCUAAUCAAGAGUUAAUUGCUUCAGUGAGGGGGAGAAGCUGCUGGCUUAUUCAAGCGGGCAGUAGCAAGAAUUUUAGGGAGUUUAUUUUCAUUUUUUUCUUCUCGUCCCUUUUCCAGCUCCAUCCUACCUCCCUUCACCAUGCACUUUCUUUCAGCCGUGCAAGUUCCUCUUUCAGCCACAAUCGUGAGGGGUGGAACAAGUUCAGUCCCUGAGCUGGUUUUAUCCUCAGUGCAUCCACCAGCCUCAUCCCACGAGAAUGAGAGCCCAGUGCAGCCGUGCCCUGCCUUGGCAGGGCUGCGGUGCCCGUGGGGCCAGCAGAGGUGUGGAACCUGCUUACCAAAGAUGGGGAGCGGAGCAGGGGGCUGGCUCUGCCUCCUGGGGGGCCACUGCAGUGUUCAGCUCGGACUGGUCUGGGGGGCAGAGCCCUUGGGGGGCCUGCUCGUGUCUGUCCCUUGUGCUAUUGGAAAAAUAAACACUGUAAAAUCUG